AUGUUUUCACAGUCUGCUGUAAGAAGGUUUUCAACCACUAGAAAUGUGGGCAAGAAGUUGAACAAGUACUCGCAUAUCAUCACCGAACCAAAGGACCAGGGUGCAUCGCAAGCGAUGCUUUAUGCCACGGGGUUUAAGGAAGACGAUUUCGGCAAGGCUCAAGUUGGUGUUGGUUCAUGUUGGUGGUCUGGUAAUCCAUGUAAUAUGCAUUUGAUGGAUUUCAACAACAGAAUCACCGAAUCCGUUAACAAGGCUGGGUUGAAAGGUAUGCAAUUCAAUACCAUUGGUGUUUCUGAUGGUAUUUCCAUGGGUACCAAGGGUAUGAGAUAUUCUUUGCAAUCUAGAGAAGUUAUUGCUGAUUCGUUCGAAACCAUUAUGAUGGCUCAACAUUACGAUGCCAAUAUCGCCAUUCCAUCUUGUGAUAAAAACAUGCCUGGUGUUUUGAUGGCUAUGGGUAGACAUAACAGACCUUCCAUUAUGGUUUAUGGUGGUACCAUUUUGCCAGGUUCUCCAACUUGUGGUUCUGCUAAGAUUCCAAAGAAGAUUGACGUUGUUUCUGCGUUCCAGUCCUAUGGUCAAUACUUAUCCAAGGAAUUUACUGAAACUGAAAGACAAGAUGUUGUGCAACAUGCUUGUCCAGGUCCAGGUUCUUGUGGUGGUAUGUACACUGCUAACACCAUGGCCUCUGUGGCCGAAGUCUUGGGUAUGACUUUGCCAAACUCUUCCUCUUUCCCAGCAGUUUCAAAGGAAAAAUUGAACGAAUGUGACACUAUCGGUGAAGCUAUCAAGAAGACUAUGGAACUAGGAAUUACUCCUCGUGACGUUAUGACCAAAGAAGCUUUCGAAAACGCUAUGACAUAUGUCAUUGCUACCGGUGGUUCCACUAACGCUGUUCUUCAUAUGGUUGCUGUCGCUCACUCUGCCGGUGUCAAGAUUACUCCAGAUGAUUUCCAAAGAAUUAGUGACAAGACUCCAUUGUUGGGUGAUUUCAAACCUUCUGGUAAAUAUGUGAUGGCAGAUUUGAUUACCGUCGGUGGUACCCAAGCUGUUAUCAAAUACUUGUACGAAGAAGGCUUCCUACAUGGUAACACUAUUACCAUCUCCGGUGACACUUUAGCAGAAAGAGCAGCUAAGGCUGUAUCUUUGAAGGAUGGUCAAGACAUCAUUCGUCCUCUAACUAACCCAAUUAAGACAAGUGGUCAUUUACAAAUUCUAUACGGAAGUUUGGCCCCAGGUGGGUCAGUCGGAAAAAUUACUGGUAAAGAAGGUACUUACUUCAAGGGUAAGGCUAGAGUAUUCAACGACGAACCAGGCUUUAUUUCUGCUUUAGAAAACGGUGAAAUCAAGAAGGGUGAAAAAACCGUUGUCAUUAUCAGAUACGAAGGGCCAAGAGGUGGUCCAGGUAUGCCUGAAAUGUUAAAGCCAUCUUCUGCAUUGAUGGGUUACGGUCUAGGUAAGGAUGUUGCUCUAUUGACUGACGGUAGAUUCUCCGGUGGUUCUCACGGUUUCUUGAUCGGUCACAUCGUCCCAGAAGCUGCCGAAGGUGGUCCUAUCGGUUUGGUUCGUGACGGUGACGAAAUUAUCAUUGAUGCUGAUAACAACAAGAUUGACUUGUUAGUUCCAGAAGAAGAAAUCGCUGAACGUAGAAGUACAUGGACUGCUCCACCUCCACGUUAUACUAGAGGAUGUUUAUCCAAGUACGCAAAAUUGGUUUCAAAUGCUUCCCAUGGUUGCGUGACUGAUUUGAACUAA